AUGAGGCCAUUUGUGGAAAAAUAUGGGCAUCGUUUAACUUCAAGUGGUCAUCUUUCAGAAACCAUCCCACUCUCGUUGGAUAAAGAAAAGGAGACUCUGAAAACUGACAUUUCAGAUGGUGAUGAAUUCUCUGUGAUGUUUGAUGGCAGCUGCAGACUUGGGGAGGUCCUUGCUAUUGUUCUACGAUACAUUGACACUCGAUGGAAUAUUCAGCAGAGACUGUUAAAGCUGGAAACUCUAGCGAAGAGUUUAAAAUCCCAAGAACUAGCUCAACGUUUGAUUCAUUGCUUAGCUGUUGAAUUCUCAGUUCAUCCUGAAUUGAUAUUAUGUGCAACGAAAGACAGUGCUGCAGUAAAUGAAGCCGCACUAAAUCAAGUCAAGUUUUAUUUCUCAAACCUCUUCAGUAUUACUUGCUUUAAUCAUGUUAUUGACAAUGCUGGAAAGAAAUUUCAGUUCAGAAUCUUAGAUACAUUUAUCAGGCACUGGAAUAGCAUGUUUUCUCAAAGUCCUGCUGUACGACUAGCGUGGAAGACUAAAACUGGUAAAGUCAUGCGUACCACUUCAGCAACAAGGUGGUGGAGCAUGUGAGAAGCAUUAAUCAAGUUCAUGACUAUUUUGGGGAUGUGGAGCCUUUCAUCAGAGGAAUUGAAGAUCUUGCUCCAGCAUUACAUGCUCAUUUGCUGGAAAUUUUCGACAGUCCUGAAGAUGUUGCAGAUUUCAAGCUUGAAAUUGCAGAUCUAAUUGAUGGUGGAAGAAGCUUUGUUACAACAACAUACAAUCUCGAAGGGGAUGGUCCUUUGAUAUUUACCUGCUAUCAGCACUUGACGGCUUUGCUCAAAUAGUGCAAUUGGGCGCUUAUCCUAAUUGUACUGCACUGUCACGUGAAAGAGCAAAUGGCAACCAGGUUAUUUUCAACCAACUGCUUGAAAGAGUGAAGUCUUGCAUCAAACCUGGCUUCCAAUACUACUUGAACAAAGUCAACAUUGAGUUCUAUGAUAUUAUGCGAGCAUUUCGAGGUGCACGCUUGUGCUGUCCAGUACAAGUUCAAGGACUCCAACCUACCAUAGAGUCUUUAGAACUACUUCGUAAAUUUCCAUUUUUGGAUGAUGAUGCAAUUAUUAAUGGACUUGGUCAAGAACUUCCAAAUUACCUGGCUCUAUCAGAUGGUGUUCAAGUACAAACGGAGGAUGACAGAGUAAAGUGGUGGGCAAGGAAUGCAAGCACUCUUCCGAAAUGGGCAGCUGUUGUUAGAAAAAUCUUGCUCGUUCAACCAAGUUCUGGUGCUGCUGAGAGAGUCUUUAGCCUUUUGAACAGUACCUUUUCAAAAGGCCAGGAAACUGCUUUAGAAGAAACAGUCGAAGCGUCAAUCAUGUUGAAGUACAAUUCUACUCAGAGGGGAAAAGCUCAGUAA